GAAGCUCUAUACACAGAGCAUGAAGCAUAAGAGCAGUGUGUCAAGGAACCCCCCUCCCCCCCCCAAAAAAAAGACGGAACAGAGGAGAUGAAGCUUGUAUGAUGAGCUUAUCGUGGAAAACCUUUUAUUAGUUGCAUUGAAGCACGAAAAAAGGCUAUUUUGCUACCAACUGAGCUAAUUACCUCGAGGGCUUUACGUUUAUAUGAGAUGCGUUUUGAUCUUGACAACGCGCAGCGAGAUACAACCCUGCCUGCCAGCGUACGGUUUGCUCUCACCCUUCCCAAGUGUAUUUGCUUGAUCCCAGGCCUAGCCCACCGUGCUCUUCUUCGCUUCCCUAGGCAGGUUGUUGGGUUGGUGAUCUGUAUGUCGGUGGCUGCAGGAACUGCGUCAACUCUAUUUUUUGGCGUUAGCCAGAACUCUAAACUGGAUAGAGGACUCAAUGUAAAGGCCACUACACGUACUUGUUUAUCGAUGGUUUGUGAUCUAUCUCAUAACCAGCUCUCCCAUUGGUUUGCUACUAAGUACUGCCAAUGCUGUGUUAAUACGACUCAGUGGUAUACGUGAAAAGUCGCACGUUGCACCUGGCAUGACAUCAACCACGGAAGGAAAAAGGGGCCUUUUUCGCCUAAAGAAAAGGACAAGUAGCCCUCCGCCGGCUCAGCC